UAUUGGUCGCCCGUUCACACCCCCGGCCGCCGCGUGGUGGGGAAUUUGUUGCGAAGGAGUUGCUAACCUCGUUGCAAAAGUGGCGUCGACAAGCCUUGAGGAGAUGGAGGGGAAAGCGAAGUGGCGCAAGCUGAAGCGCGUCGUGGGACCCACUUCGCCGGGCACGCAGCAGCCCCCGGGUAAACAGCAAGUGAGGAAGGAAAAGACUAAAACCAGGGAUGCCAAAAGACCGAGACUGCGAUGAAAGUGAAUGGAGAACACGGUAAAGUGACGACGAAGGAGGGCGCUUUUGUCGAUGAAGGUAUUACAAGCUUUCAGGAUGGCACCAAUGGCCUCUCUAGGGGCAAUGGAGCCAUAGACAGCUUGCAGGAAGCCAAUGGUGAUGAAAGUCAAGGAAAGGUGCAGACACCUCGAGUUCUGGUAACUGACCUUGACAAAGACUUUGAGGCAGCCACCGUGGAAUGCAUUCAAGAGCCUCAAACUCUAGGGAGGGCUGCAAAGGAUGAAGAAUUUCCUGGAAUAGGUGAGACAGGAGUUGCUUCACAGACACAAGAAUCUGAGUCCUCAGUGACCACCUCUUCGUCAAAGAGUGACCGCAAAAAGCACAAGAAAACUUCCAAGAAGUCCGGUGAUACCUCAAACAAUGACAAGCCUGUGAAGUUCUUCAUUUCCGAUGAGGAGAGUGACAGUGAUACUGCAAUCUUUGUUGAUGCAAACCAGCCAACACCUAAUGGAGAAAAUCACGUCAUGGAUCAGAUGGCCGAUGGCCAAGACCCUGGGAUAGAAAUCAGGGCAGAAGUAGAUGCACGAGGAGAAUCAACUGUUGAACUGACAUUUGAGGGUGGAGAUGUAGAACUUGGGAUUGAGAACAUAGGUGAGUCCUUUGAUAUGAGCAAGAAUGGUGGACCAACCACUACCCAGCUCGUAGACGUGGACUCAACCGAUGAACCACACAUAUAUGACAUCCAGAGGGCAAAAUAUAAGUCUUCUAUGAAACAGCCUGGCAGGACAGAGACCCGUAAAGUCAAGAUUCAGCCAAAGCCAGAAACUGUAAGCAAGUCAUCAACUAGUGAGUCAUUAGAUGUGGACUCAGCUAGUAAGUCGUCUGUUAGUGAUCUCAUAGAUCAAGAAUCUUAUAGUAGGACUUCGACUACUGAGACCAGCAGGACCUCCACUGUAGAGUCACAAGAUGCGGACACAGUGAGCAUUUCCUCUGCAACAGAGUCAACUGAGCAUGAAACCCUCAGCAAAGUUUCCACAACAGAAUCUGGAGAUCAGGAAACCAUUACUAUCUCUACAACUGAAUCAACUGAAGGCACCAGCAAGACAUCUACAGCUGAGUCAGUCGGUACAAUCAGCAAGUCUUCUACGGUUGGAUCAAUGGAGGGAGAAAGCAAGAGUUCCUCUUCAGAAUCAGGAGAGCAAUAUAUGAGCAAGACCUCAACGAGUGCAUCAGUGACCAAGACAACAACUAGUGAGUAUGAAGAAGCAGAAUCAGUAUCAAGAACAUCAGCAAGUGAAACAGCAAGUCACACUAGUGGAACAAGUAGGACUACCACUACUACUGAAUCAGGAGAGCCUACUGGAACCAGCAGAACAGCCACUGAAUCAGUAACAUCUGCUAGUGAAACGGGUGAGUACAUAAGCAAGUCUAUUAGCAGUUCAACAGAUUUUGAUGCUGAGAGCUUAUCUUCAACAGCUGAUCUUCUUACUCCUAAGGAGGAGCCUCCAUUUCCUCUUGGUAUGAAGGCUGAAGCAGAACCAGGAGACCAAGUAAAACUCGAAAGUUCUCCCGAAAUACCCCUGGAGAGUCAAGUAGAGAAGCCAAAAGAUGAGCUUGAAGUUCGUCCAGGUUCACCUUCCUGGAAAAAACUGGAUGUUGAAGAUCAGUUACGACUAGCCAGUAAGACAGAGAUCCCUGAAGGAAUGCCUGCUGAUGCCAUGAAAGAUAAAAAGGAUGCUGAUGCAGAAAGCCUGUUCUUUAGCCUUUAUCCAGAAUACCAACCAGGAGAAUCUCAAGAAUUAAAGGAUGAGAUAAAUGCAGGGAAUCCUAAGGUUCUUUGUUUUCGAGGCCAAACCCCAGAUCAAGGAGAGCGUCAUGAAGAGGUUUACAUGGCGAAGGAGAAAGAAGCAGGAGGAAAAGAUGGAAGAAUCAAAGGAACAGUCUCUGGGAAAAUCCAACAGCUUCAACGCAAGCUCUCUCAACAGAAAAAGCCUGAGAGAGAGACUAAAGAAAUCCUUGAGUCUGAAGGAUCUCCGCCACAGCUUCGAGGCACGGCAGACAUUGACCAAAUUGGGAUCAGCUUCGACGAGCAACAAGCAACCACCCCUGGAAAUGGAGAUGACACAAAAGGAGACUUCGACAGAAAAGAAUUCCCCGAUCACACCACCCCAGGGGGGCCGCUGCCCGAUGUUCUUGACCGUUCCACUACCACUGGUACAGGCAUUGACACAAAGGAGAUCCAGUACUCCAUUAGUAGCGCGAAGGACGACUUGGUACGUACAGUUGGAAAACUUGGAGAACGAAUUGAAGGCUUAGCUGACAGUGUCGAAGUCGUGGCAGGAGUAGUAUCCGAUGUUGUCCAGAAUGCCAGUGGACAAGCUGACAUUGGACAUGAAGCCACAGCUAUGACAGAGUCUGGGCAGGAAGCCAUAGAAGGUGAAGGCAAGAGCGAAAACAAUAUGAAGGAUCGCAAAACUCUUGUAGGAAAAGCAAGGGAUUGGAUCAAAGGUGUUGCAAGGAUUGGAAGCAAGAAAGAAGAUACUGCUGAAAAGGCAGCUGAGAAGGAAAGGGAGGCUGCCAAGAAAGCAGAAACUCCAUCUGAGAAUGGAACUGAUGAAACUAGUAGUGUGAAAUCAAAAUCAUCUGGAACUAAAGGAACACCUAAUGGAGAGGAAAAACCUCCAGGUACAGAGGAAGAAGGUGCUGUAGCAGAAGGUCAGAAGAUGCCUGGUACACCGCCCAAGGAGGAUGAAAUAUCGCAAAUAAGCAAAGAAGAACGCAUUUCAGUUACUGGAGAUAAUGGAAUACCUAGUAUCACACCUGAAGAGAUUACAGAGGAUGCAAACCAUGUUAGUGACAGAGGAAGCACAAAUGGAAAUGGCAAGCAAGAUGAUUAUGCUGCUGAAGAAAAGCCAUUAGGAGAAGAAGCAGCAGUGGUUACACUAGAAGAAGAGCUAAUGAAAGCAGAGGAUGAAAUCAUCCAAGAUGUUUCUGCUGAUAAGGGUACAGGACAAAUCAGCCCCAUUAAAGAAGCAGGGAGCCCAGAAAAGGAGGUUGCAACAGCAGUCCAUAUAGAGACUUUAGGUGCAGAAGAAGAGAAGCCUGAUUCUGGCCCUUUACUGACGAGCAAGGUAAAGAGGCUACAACUGAACCACAGAAGGCAGCAGAAGGUACAGGACAAGCUGCUGUGAUUGAGGUUGUCACAGAGGAUGUAGAGGCAUCAAAGGAGGGAGGCGCAGCUGAGGAACCCACGAAAGGAAAAGACGAGCUAAAACCACGCCGCAAGCGACGUGAGAAAUCUAAAUCACCCUCUGUUCGCAGAGAUCGAGAAGGGAAGGAGAGGAAAGAAAAGGACAAAGAUAAAGAUAAGGAUGGGAAAGGUAGUAUCAGGAAGCGUAGACAUAGACGCCGUACAAAGAGUCAGGAGGAGCCAGGAGAACCAGGACUUCUUCAGGCAACUGAAGUCAUAGAUGCUGAAGCUGCACGGGCAGAAGGGAUUGCUGCACAGCCUGAAGUAAGUAAGGAAUCUGAAAUUGCAAAGGAAGCUGAAACUGCUGAAGUUGUUCAUGAGCCAGAAGUCAAGCAAGAGGUUGGAUUUGCACAAGAAACGGAAAUCAUAGGAGAGGCUGUAGGUAUACAAGAGCCAGAGAUUUCUCAGGAAGCUGAUAAGGAAACCGAAACUGAGCAGAAGCCUGAAACUUUAGAAGAAGCUGCUGAUGUAAAACAACCUGAGGUUGUUGCAGAACCUAUUGUCAUAAAAGAAGUUGAUGCCAAAACCGCUGCCCAGAUGUUUCAAAGGAAAUUCUAGAUGCACAGGCUGAAGUGGAAAAGAUGUUUGAAGCACAUGCGGCUGCGGGUGAAACUGCAGCUGAUCAUACAUUUAAAUUAGAAAUUAGUGAAACAGCCGAGGCUGAAGAGGUAACAGCUGCAGCACUUGAACAAGAAAUUAAAAAGAAAGAGGCAGUGGAUGAAACUACUAAAAAGGAAGAGGCAGCAGAGGAGGUAACUAAAAAGGAAGUAGAAGAAAUUAAAAAGGAAGAGGGAGUAGAAGAAAAAGAUGCUGACAAAGCUGACUCAAAAGAAGCAGAGUUAGGGACUGCAAAGAAAGUCGAUUCUGCUACGAAAGAUGAAGCUGAAGAAAAAAAGGAGAAAGGGCCUGAGGCAGAUCAGGCGCCGGGGCCAGAGGAAACACCAACUACAACACGAAGACGAAAGGAUUCAGCCAGGUCACAUAAGGACAAGUUUUCUGAUGAAUUUUGGAAAGACAAGCUGAGCUCGGGUCAGAAGAAACACUCUUUUGGAUCUGGGGAUUACUCUGGGGUUGAUAUAAAGCGUCCUUCAAAAUUCAAAAGGGAAAAGUCUGAAGAACCAAAAGAGGAGAAACAGGACACAGAAGAAUCUGAAAAGGCAGCCAAGUCAGAAGAAAAGCCUCAGGAGGAGGAGACUCAGGCGCCUCAGGAAACCCCAGAAACUGGAGAUCAAGAAGCUGGAGAAGUUCAGGCCUCUGUUACAGCAUCUGCUACAUCUUGGAGCCCUCGAGUUAGCAGGAGAGAGAGGAAGAGUAGCAGAAGGUCUGGUGAACACAAACGAGAAAGCAGAUCAACAAGCAAAUCCAAAAGUUCCAAGGAAAAAAAACACCAAGAAUCUGAAGGUGUUACCACUAAAGCAGGUGAAGAUGCAGCAUCACUGGGCUCACCUAAGUCACUGAAGAAGAAAAAGAAGAAAUCAGAAGCACCAGGUUCCCCAAAGGAAGGAUCUGCACCAGAGCCAAAACCAAGGACUCGCCACUCCAAACCGGAAUCCCCUUUGACCAAAAAAACUCCAACCACGGACCAGCUAGUAGCGGAUUCUGUGCCUGUCUUACAAGAGCUGAAAUUCCCUGAGGGGAUUUCUAAACCUGUUUCCCCUUCACCAGUCAUUCAAACCCUGAAAUUUCCUGAAGGAAUUUCUCAACCCCUUUCGCCAACACCAGAAAAAGUAAAGCCUAGUGUAACCAUUCCCAAACCAACUCCAGAAGCGCAGCCUCUAUCCCCUCUUAAACCUUUGAAAUUUCCUGAAGGAAUAUCCCAACCAAUUUCCCCAAUAACGCAAAAAGUUAAGCCUCCCCCUUUUAAGCCUACACAAGAAACAACAAAAGAAGAAGUCAUUCAACCUGUAUCUCCAACUUCAAAAACCGCAAAAUCACCAGAAGUGCUUUCACCUUCUCCUAAAGAGCUGAAGUUUCCAGAAGGGGUUUCCAUGCCUCGGUCACCUACUCCACAAGAACUGAAGUUCCCAGAAGGUAUCUCUAAACCACUUUCUCCAUCCCCUAAAGAACUGAAGUUCCCAGUAGGUGUUUCAAAGCCACUUUCCCCCUCUCCUAAAGAGUUAAAGUUCCCUGAGGGCAUUUCGAAGCCACUGUCACCGGCACCAAGGGAAUUAAAGUUCCCAGAAGGCAUCUCAAAACCACUUUCCCCUUCCCCCAAAGAAGCAAAGGUACCAGAGCCAUCUCCUUCUCCAAAAGAAUUAACAUUCCCUGAGGGGAUCUCUAAACCAUUGUCUCCAUCCCCUAAAGAAGUACCAAAGCCAUUUUCACCCCUUCCACAAGAAUUAAAAUUCCCAGAGGGAGUUACUAAACCAUUAUCUCCCGCAAUUAUUGCUGGAAAAAUGCCUGAGCCCAAACCUCUGAAAGAGAAAAAGAAGGAGCGGCCACGUGUCAUCAUUCCCAAAACACUGGAGCCUGCUAUAGAGCCAAUGAAACCAAUAUCACCUAUGAAAACACUGAAAUUCCCAGAGGGCGUGACAAAACCCAUUUCCCCAAUGAAGACUAGAGUUGUAAGUGACCUUAAGCCAUCUUCACCAACAUCUGAGACAAAGAAACCCAUGUCUCCACUUAAACCCUUGAAAUUCCCAGAGGGCAUCUCAAAGCCCAUCUCCCCUCUCCCUCCCAAGGCGACGUUUAAACCAGUAUCAUCUGUAGCCAAACCACCAUCCCCUACACUAGAUGAAGCUCCUAAACCUGUAACAUCUGUUGAUAAGGCAACUGCAACAGAGCCCCCGAAAACCAAAGCUUCACAGACCCUUACUAAACUGGAAUUUCCAGAGGGAGUAUCAGUACCUGUAUCACCGGUUCCUGCUAAAGCAAAAUCACUGGCAUCAAAGGGCAAGAUAGACAUGAAGAUUGAGAUGCAAAAGAAAGAUCUGGCUGAUGCAGAGAUAAAAAAAUCUGAAACUUCUAUAACCGAAGUGUCUUCACCUUUGCUCACUGCACUCCAGUUCCCAGAAGGUAUUUCAAAGCCUCUUUCCCCAGUACCACCAGGACCCAAACCCACAGAAAAGAAGGCGUCUACUCCAGAUGAGCCUCCAACUCCACCCCUUCCAUCUACAUUACCUCCCGACUUGCCAAAGGGACUUGCAGAUGGAACAAAGCCAUUAUUUACAACAACUACUGCCCCUGAAACUCCUCCCAUUCAGACUCUAACUUUCCCUGAAGGUGUUUCAGUGCCUAUUUCUCCUAUUCCUAAAUCAGUGAAACCCACUACGUCUUCACCUCUUACCAAGCCAUCCACACCUCUGCAAAAGGUAACUUCCCCACAGCCAAAGGCAACAACCACACCAACACAAAAACCUGCAUCACCAAAGCUAAGUAAGAAAACAGAAUUCCCCAAAUCAAUCUUGUCAACAAAGCACCGCUCAGAUUCAGUGAAGUCUCCAGAUGCCACAUCUAAGCCAGUGGCAGAGACUGACCAGGUGAGCAGUGACGCUCUGCCACCUGCAUCUAAGCCUUCUCCAGAAGAAAAGCCUUUAACGACGGGAGAAAGGAUCAGUAGAGCAGUAGCGUCAAUAGGGUUAACUCGAAGUUCUGAGGGACGAACGACCUCCAAGUUCUCUCGCAGUGAUAGCCUCCGGUCGUCACAGAAACGCACAGAGAGUCAGGAGGGCGCACGACCUCAGCAAGACGACACCCACGCUAAAGACGGAUCUGAGUCGCCUCACGCUGGAGCAGAGUCCCCUUCAAAGCGGCUUCGAAGGAGGAAGAAACGUUAGUGAUGCUAACGUUUUAACCAAUUUCAUGUUUAGAAUUCCAGAAACAUUUAUCCCUGAUAGCCUUUUAUAGAAUAUUUUCUUAAUCUAGCUCAGUUUUAAUUCACGCAUAUUUAGAAGCGGAAUGUAAAAAUAUAAGAUGAACAACUGGACUCCAGCAAUUCUCCUUAUCAAAGAAGAUGGAACAAUCCAGUAGAGAUAUACUUCACUCUUGGCUCUACCUAAAGGAAGUAGGAGACACCAGUUUUCUCCUUGAUCACGUGACUACCUGCGACAGUUCUCGGACCUGCAACUGACAUGUAAAACUUCUACAUGACUUCGACGUUGCUGAGAGGGUCCUUGCAGAAGCGCCGCAGUCAGGCCCGUGCACUGACCGGAGGGUAGGGAUCCCUGACGUGAACGAGUAGGGAAGAUGGAUUCCUUUCUCGCACGACAAAGGAGCUUUAGAUCUAUGCUUUAUUGUUUGCUGUGAUAUCAGAUUUCUUUGUGUUAGAUUAGUCAAGUCAGAAUUUUACAAAAUGAUGAAAAAAAAGCACUAAAAAAUAUAUAUAUACACACGUGGCGAGGAUGCAUGUAAUACUGACCAAGUGCAGGAUAAUACACGUGAUCUAAAUGCUCGGAUUAGGAUGAAGAGUCUAAUUCGCCCUCAUUCUACCGACGCGUAGAAUGUUAGUUGUAAUGUUCCUUUGUAAUGUUGCUCUGUAAUGUUCUUUUGUAAUGUUCGUUACAUUAUGCCACCUGCAUCACCUGCACAUAGCAUUGACUCAAAGCUAUCACCAAAUAUUAUAUAGAUGUAUACUAUGAACUGAAUAUACUUGUUGCAUUAUUGGGAGAUGUAUGUUUAUAUAAAUCAUGAUGAUAUGUAUGCAUUAAUAUACAUAUAUGCAUUAUUAUACAUUGAUGAAAACAUUUUAAAAGAAUUAUGACAUAAUGCAUUAUUCAGUCAGUCACAUGUCAUAUUCAUUGUGUGAACCGAUACAUGUUGUAUGAAAGAUUUUGUAAUAUGUUGGUCAGAACGUAGAAAUAAUUAGUGUGAGAGGAUGUCUGAAUGCCAGUGAACAUAACACGCGAUAAGAAGAGGUAGAAAUCUCACUUUCUAGCUCUUGUCCUGCGUCGAUAAGGAAUGAGUCUAUUAAGAGAGCUAUGAAACCCACGAGACAGCAUGACUAUUACCGUUGCAUGAUUCAGAACUGUGUGAAAAUGUACAGGAAAUGAGAAUGCUGUAAGAUUGGCGAAGAAGUAGAGUUAACCAAUGGAUGCAUGCAAAUUCCAAGAUGACGAUCGAUUUCAUUAAAAAGUGUACUGCUAAUGUUAACACUAAUCUGUCUUUUUUGCAAAUACUUGAUGAGAUACCCACCAAUGUGAGCUGUACUUAGGUACCUUUUAAACGUUUUUUUAGUGAACAGUGUCUACUUUCUGUUUAUGAAAAUAGUCAUUUAAGAUUUUUGCAAAGUUCAUUGUUUGUAAGUAGUAAUAAUCAAUGUAUAAUCAAUCUAGGUACUGUGUGGCACGAAUCCUUCUUUUUUUUUAAGUUGUUCCCUUUUUUCUAUAAAUGUUAUCAGGUAUGUCAGCUACAUCAUCAUUUACGACGUCGAGGAGAUCCGAACUCAUCUCAGAGAAACUCGCACGAACUCCAAGAGCAAAGCCUGGGAAAAUCGGCACAAGGCAUGUGUUUAGAUGGAGAAAUAUAUGUAUAGGGUAAAGUUACUUAUCUUAUUUCUCCAGUGGAAAGAGCAAGUGGGUGUUCCCUAGAACCCGUUAGAGCGAAGAAGGAAAACACAGUCCGAAGCCACCCCAUUUCCCGAGUCCGUAACUCUGCAGUCUGGCUUCGUUUCCUGGGUCUUUUCCGGGUGUCCGAGUCGUUCGUGAAACCGAAGCCUCUAGCGUGAUAUAAGACGAAUUUAUGCAAAUAUGUUCCGUCUAUAAUCAAUAAAGUUGGCAAUUA